UCCAGUGCUGCUCCCUGUGAAGCAGGCAGAGCAGUGCAGACAGAGGCAGAGCAGCAGAGGAAGGACAGUCGCUCUCUCCUUCCACAGAGAAACAGCCUCUGGAUCACAGGACGCUUGACAACUCAAUUAGAGGCCCAAUGAGUUCUGGAGUGAGACGUGCAGUUUUGCUGCUGUUGCUGUUUUGCUGUUGGCAGCWGAACACAGCCAAAGAUGGAAAAUCUACAAAGAAAGGGAAAAAAGGAAAACAAGUCAUCUGUCCYUCACAGCUGUCACCAGAAGAUUUGGCCCAAGUUCCUGCUAACUCUACCUCCAACAUUUUAAACCGUCUGAUGGUCAGUUACGAUCCGAGGAUCAGACCCAACUUUCAAGGUAUCCCAGUUGAGUCGAGAGUGAACAUCUUCAUUAACAGCUUUGGGUCCAUCCAGGAAACAACCAUGGACUACAGAGUUAAUAUCUUCCUUCGUCAGAGAUGGAACGAUCCUCGUCUGCGUCUUCCCACCGAUUUUAAAAGUGAUGCCCUGACUGUUGAUCCCAACAUGUUCCAGUGUUUGUGGAAACCAGAUCUUUUUUUUGCUAAUGAAAAAAAUGCAAACUUUCAUGACGUCACACAGGACAACAUUCUUCUUUUCAUAUUCAGGAAUGGAGACGUCCUAAUCAGUAUGAGGCUGUCAGUGACUCUGUCCUGUCCCCUGGACCUCACCCUCUUCCCCAUGGACACACAGCUCUGUAAGAUGCAGCUGGAGAGCUUUGGCUAUACCACCAGUGACCUUGUGUUCAUGUGGCAGUCAGACCCAGUGCAAAUGGAUGAAAUCGCUCUCCCACAGUUUGACAUCAAACAAGAAGACAUCAAAUAUGGAAACUGUACAAAGUACUACCAAGGAACAGGAUACUACACCUGUGUGGAGGUUAUUUUUACGUUGCGUCGACAGGUUGGCUUCUACAUGAUGGGGGUCUAUGCUCCAACUCUACUGAUUGUUGUUUUGUCCUGGCUGUCAUUCUGGAUCAAUCCUGAUGCUUCAGCUGCGAGAGUACCACUAGGUAUUUUAUCAGUACUCUCUUUGUCCAGUGAGAGUAUGUCCUUGGCUUCAGAACUUCCAAAGGUCUCAUACGUAAAGGCCAUCGAUAUCUGGCUGAUUGCCUGUCUGCUCUUUGGAUUCUCCUCAUUGGUGGAGUACGCUGUGGUGCAGGUGAUACUGAAUAGUCCCAAACUGAUUGAACAGGAGAAAGCUAAAAUGGUCACAAAGGAAAAAGCUUUGAAAGAGAGUGAAGCCAAGAAGCCAUCAAACAAAUCCAAUACAGUCAAUGGGACUGAUGGGACACCCAUACAUGUCAACACUCUGCAGGUGGUUGAAAAUCGCUGUAAGAAGGUUUGCACCUCCAAAUCAGACCUUCGUUCCAAUGACUUCAGCAUUGUUGGAUCUUUGCCUCGAGACUUUGAACUUUCCAACUUUGACUGUUAUGGUAAACCUGUCGAAGUUACAGGGGCCCUUAAAUCACAAAACAAAGUUAAUGCAAAGCCGCCACCCCCCAAACCUGUCAUACCAGCUGCAGCUAAACGCAUUGAUCUCUAUGCAAGAGCCCUCUUCCCCUUCUCUUUCCUCUUCUUCAAUGUUGUUUACUGGUCAGUCUAUCUGUGAAGAAAAUCCACAGCAAUGAAAAUAAAAGGAUUUGCAUCUUGAUAGAAAGAAAUCCUGCACUGAUGAACUGAUGAUAUGACACUAGCUGCGUUUCCAUUGACCAUGAAAAUGCGCAAAUUAAAA